GCAGCUACGACAAGCCAUUGACUUUCAUCUCAUUGCGUCGAUCUGGCCUCGACUUUCUCUUCCAUUCGGAACUUUUGCACUGUCCACAUGUCCUAAUUCCUAAUCCUUCACCCCGUUCUUCUGGCACGAUGCCACUCAUCGACAGUCCCCAGAUCAAAGCCGCGAGCCUCCACAAUCCGCUUCCGAUCGGACUGCACGCUUAUGUCUGGCCGUUCUUGAUCAUCUGGCCCGCGUUCUUUGCGCUGUGGCUCAACGAGGAUUUCUAUGACGAAUAUAUUGAGGCUUCGGAAUGGAGCUUUGUUUGGAUAGGCUCCAUCUUCUCGAUCCAGGCCCUGGUUUGGCUGACCACCAAAUGGGAUGUUAACACCAAGGCCCUCUUCACCUCGACCUCCGCAAAGGAUGUGCGGACUGCCGCCUUGAUCAAGGUCAUCCCGAUAGCGAAUGCUGGGUCGGCUGAGAUAUGUACUCUCAAGAGGGACAGUGUUGGUGGAAAGCAAAAUUUAUCCUUCAUUUUCCAGAAACGUCGUUUCCUCUACCGUACCGAAACGGGCGACUUCGCUCCUCUGUCCUUCGCCGUCGAUUCGGAGCCCAAACCACAACUACAGGUGUUCCAAGAAUGUCAAGGGCUUCGCACCGAGGCGGAUAUCAGGAGAUUGCAAGAGCAUUAUGGAGACAAUACAUUUGAUAUUCCGGUGCCAACGUUCACGGAGCUUUUCCAAGAACACGCCGUUGCGCCGUUCUUCGUCUUCCAAAUCUUCUGCGUCGGACUCUGGAUGCUUGACGAAUACUGGUACUACUCGCUUUUCACCCUGUUCAUGCUGGUGACAUUCGAGAGCACGGUCGUCUGGCAGAGGCAACGUACCCUGAGUGAAUUCCGGGGCAUGAACAUCAAACCCUACAAUCUUUAUGUGUACCGGAAAGGGAAAUGGGCGGAAAUCCAGAGCGACAAGCUGCUACCUGGGGACUUGGUCUCGGCGGGAAGGACAAAAGAAGACAGCGGGGUCGCCUGUGACAUGAUUCUGGUCGAAGGCACCGCCAUUGUCAAUGAAGCCAUGUUGUCCGGGGAGAGCACGCCGAUUCUGAAGGACUCCAUCCAGCUUCGUCCGGGCAACGCUCGCGUAGAACCGGAGGGUUUGGACAAGAACUCAUUUCUUUACGGCGGAACAAAAGUACUCCAGGUCGCCCACGGAACUCAAUCCGACGACGGCACGGAGGCGACUGAGAAGCCGAAAUCCGGGGUUCCUCGCCCUCCAGACAAUGGUGCAAUGGCUGUUGUCGUCAAGACAGGUUUCGAGACCAACCAAGGCGCUCUUGUCCGUACGAUGAUCUUCUCUACCGAACGGGUGUCCGCGAACAACGUCGAAGCCCUGCUAUUCAUUCUCUUCCUCCUCAUGUUUGCCCUUGCCGCUUCAUGGUAUGUCUGGAACGAGGGUGUUGUCAGGGACCGCAAGCGCACCAAGCUUCUACUCGAUUGCGUUUUGAUUAUCACCAGCGUGGUCCCCCCAGAGCUGCCCAUGGAACUGAGUUUGGCGGUCAACACCAGUCUUGCCGCUCUGAGCAAGUAUGCGAUCUUCUGCACCGAGCCGUUCCGCAUCCCAUUCGCUGGUCGUGUUGAUGUCGCUUGCUUCGACAAGACCGGUACGCUUACUGGAGAGGACCUUGUCGUUGAUGGAGUAGCUGGACUCGAAUUAGGCAAGGCAGGAGUGAAGUGCGAAUCGGACGGGGCGCAGACUCGACUUGUUCCAACGAUCGAUGCCGGACCUGAAACCACCCUUGUCCUUGCCACUGCGCAUGCACUGGUGAAGCUCGACGAUGGAGAGAUGGCAGGUGAACCCAUGGAACAGGCCACUCUCGCAUCCCUUGGAUGGUUAUUGGGGAAGAACGACACGCUUUCCAGCAAAGUCAAGACCGCAGCGCAUGGUUCGGGAUAUGCCACGCAUGCAGACACGGCCCAGAUCAAACGGCGAUUCCAGUUCUCAUCUGCUCUUAAGCGACAAAGCUCUGUCGCCACUGUGGUCACGACAAGUCGGAAGACGGGUAAGAGGGCGAAGUCGACAUUUGCGGCUGUGAAGGGUGCCCCAGAAACGAUUCGGGACAUGCUGGUUGACAUCCCUCCCAAGUAUGAGGAGACCUUCAAGUACUUCACUCGAAACGGAGGCCGCGUGUUGGCGCUGGGAUACAAAUACCUGAGCCAGGAUGGCGAGAUCGGCCAGAGCCGGAUCAACCACUUGAAGAGGGAAGAAGUAGAAUGCGAUCUGCAUUUUGCGGGGUUCCUCGUCCUACAAACACCCCUAAAAGACGACGCGGUGAAGUCGAUCCGAAUGUUGAACGAAAGUAGCCACCGCUGCAUCAUGAUUACCGGCGACAACCCCCUUACGGCAGUACAUGUUGCGAAGCAAGUCGAGAUCGUGGAUCGCGACACCUUGAUCCUCGACGCGCCAGAGCAUGACAAUAGCGGCAAAUACCUGGUUUGGCGUAGUACCGACGAUAAGGUCAACAUCCCUGUCGAUCCAACCCUGCCUCUUGACCCGGAGAUCCUGAGGACCAAGGAUCUCUGCGUGACGGGUUACGCGUUGGCGAAGCUCCAGGACCAGAAGGCAUGGCCGCAAAUCCUACGGCAUACCUGGGUCUACGCCCGUGUUUCCCCCAAGCAGAAGGAAGACAUUCUUCUGGGCCUCAAAGACCAAGGGUAUACCACGCUGAUGUGCGGUGACGGUACGAACGAUGUCGGAGCUCUGAAGCAGGCGCACGUUGGCGUGGCGCUGCUGAACGGCACCAAACAGGAUUUGGCGAAGAUUGGCGAUCACUUCCGGAACACCAAGAUGAAGGAAAUCUACGAGAAGCAGGUUACCCUCAUGAAGCGCUUCAACCAACCUGCGCCGCCGGUCCCCGUCCUCAUCGCGCACCUGUAUCCUCCCGGCCCCUUGAAUCCUCAUUAUGAGAAGGCCAUCCUGCGAGAGGCCGCCAAAAAGGAAGGACAGGCGAACGGGGCCAUUGCGGCGCCAGCCGAUACUACUGUGGCCAGGAAUUCAGACGAACCGGAGCAGCCCGCGACGCAAGCCAGCAUGAAAAACAUGGUCGAUCAAUGGCAAAAGACCAUGAUGGAAACCGAACUGGACGAGAACGAACCCCCGACCAUCAAGCUUGGCGACGCGUCCUGUGCAGCCCCGUUCACGAGCAAGCUGUCGAACGUUAUCGCCAUUCCCAACAUCAUUCGACAAGGGCGAUGCACAUUGGUGGCUACGAUUCAGAUGUACAAGAUCCUCGCGCUGAACUGUUUGAUCAGCGCAUACAGUCUAAGCGUGCUGUAUCUGGAUGGCAUCAAGUUCGGGGAUGGUCAGGUGACGAUCAGCGGGAUGAUGAUGAGCGUGUGUUUCCUGUCUAUCUCGAGAGCGAAGUCGGUCGACAAGCUCUCCAAAGAGCGGCCACAGAACAACAUCUUCAACCCAUAUAUCGUUGGCUCUGUCCUUGGGCAAUUUGCGAUCCAUAUCGUGACAUUGAUCUACAUCUCGCAAUAUGUGCAGCGGACCGAACCAAAAGACCUGGAUAUCGACCUUGAGGGCGAAUUCGAGCCGUCCCUCCUCAACAGCGCCAUCUACCUCCUCCAGCUCAUCCAGCAAAUCUCCACCUUCGCCAUCAACUACCAAGGCCGCCCCUUCCGCGAAUCCAUCCGCGAGAACCGUGGCAUGUACUGGGGCAUCAUCCUCGUCGCCGCCGUCGCCUUCUCGUGCGCGACGGAGUUCAUCCCGGAGAUCAACGAGAAGCUGCGGCUGGUCCCGUUCACGAGCGAGUUCAAGCUCGUCAUGACGACCACGAUGGUGGUGGACUACGCGGGGUGCUGGAUCAUCGAGUUCGUGCUCAAGCGGCUGUUCAGCGACUAUCGGCCGAAGGACAUCGCGGUGCGGCGGGCGGAUCAACUGGAGCGGGAGGAGCGGAGGAAUCGGGAGGAGGAGGCGGAGGCGGAGCGGUUGAGGGAGGAGCGGGGAGCGAAAUAAAUAACGUGCCAGAGAUAGAUUUGCAUUCCCGAUCGAUGGGGAGAAGGGUAGAUUGUUACUGCUUAGACUAUCUAAAUUAUCUGUAUUACCACACGCUUGCACAGCAACUGUAUUACAUGGAUUAAAACGAACUGUUGGA